AUACACUAACCGUAUAUCUAUACACACACUUCCUGCAAAAUCUCCACAAACUUCAAUUCUCAAUAAAAAAUUCUUACAAAACCUUACUCCAAAUUUACUCUCACUCAUUCUUAAAUAAUAUACAUAUAAUAUAAUAUAUAUAAGUUAGUUAGUUACGGUUUUACAAUUGCUAGGGUUUAUUAAUUACUAAUAACUGGUAUGGAGAAGCUUCCUAAACAAGAAGAUGUUGAAGACGAUGAUUACGAAAGCGAACCGGAGCAACCGAUGCGGCGAAGAAUCGUUGCGAGUGACGACGAAGAAGACGACGAGAAUUCGAGGCCAAUCGAUUCUAGGGUUUCGGAUUCCGGUGAUUCGGACGAACAAGGUGCCGCAGCUGAAUAUGAAGAUGAAAUUGUUGAAGAGAUUUUAGGUGAUGAUGAUGUUAUAAGUGUAAUUAUGGAUGAAAAAGUUGGUGAAAAUGUUGUUAGAAAUGAGGGAGAGGAAAAUAAGGAGGACGAGGCGUUACUGGUGCCGACUGGUGGUGCGUUUUAUAUGCACGAUGAUCGGUUUCGUGAUAGUAGUGGUGGCGGUAAAGACAGGCGAACUCUUGGUGGAAAGAAGUCAUGGGAGUCAAGAGAUGACAAAAAAUGGGGACACGACAAAUUUGAGGAAAUGAAUAUGCAAGAAAGACCUUAUAACAUGGGUAGGAUGAUGUCUGGGGGGCGUAAUCGAGGUCGGGGUGGAAUCCAAGGGCAAUAUAUUAAACAUUCAUAUGGAAAUAGGCGUAAACCACAAGUCAAUAGCUAUCAGAAUAACGAACGCAAAUUUGUGAGGGCAGGUCCUAGAAUGUAUCAACCUGUUACCAAGAAUAGCAUUGAGGCUCCUGCAUAUGACGGAAGACCCUUGAAGUCUCUGGAGAAAGAUGUACAUGUAGGAAGAGCAUCCACGGUCACAUCUAAUUCAGGAUCUUCGCAAAUUUUAUCUAGAAAAAAUUUAUUUGCAUCAAGCUUGAAUUAUGCUUCUCCGCCAUUUUUUCCUUCUGGUUCUCCCAAUCAAGGAACUAAGUCGACACAAAAAAGAAAUGCUCAAGCUGGACAUGUUUCUCAAUCCAGCAAUAUUCAAAGAAAAAGUGUUUCUGAUCCUUUAGGCAUGGAAAAACUUUAUAUAAGCGAUUCAAAUCCUGUGAAGCAGUUUAGUAAGGGAAGAGGUAAAGCUGGUCAAACUCUGUCAGGUCAAUGGGUCUAUCAACCAGUGCCACCUCAUCACCAAGCAAAUAGGGUUCCUUCACCGAAACUAUCAUCCCAACCACAAGUUUCAGGUCCCACACACUUUCUCGGAUCUAAACCACUUUCAUCUUCUUUGCAAUCAAACAAUGCCAAGAUGUCAUAUGUUGGAAAAGAGAAAAGUGGUGUUCAGGGGAAUGGAAUAGGUUUGUUUUCUUAUGGUGGGAACAUUGGUGGUAAUGAUGGUGAUAAAAAUUCCACUGAAACGUCAAGAUUUUUACCAGUUAUGCAAUUUGCAGGUCAACAUCCUGGUGGUGGAGCUCCUGCUGGUUGCAUGGCCUUCCCUGGCUAUGUUGGUCAACCUGAUGGGAUGGGAAACUCAGAGAUGACAUGGUUACCUCUUUUGGCUGGUGCUGCUAGAACCCUAGGUGCAAGUGGAUCCCUUGAUGCAGCAUAUCGUUCACCAUAUGCCACUAUGGAUGAUGCUUAUCGUGCUCAGACAUUUGGGCACACGUCUUUUUUGCAAUCUGCUGCAAGCAGAGACAAUAAUUUAUAUGAUCUUACCAACAACUUGAAUCCUUCUCAGCGAUCUCAGCUUGUAAAUGAAGACUUUGGGCCUAGGCAAAAUAGAGCUCGCAGGUAUACUGAAAUGAAGUUUGACAUGUGAAGCAUUAUAAUGGUCAAAGAUAUUUGAAUCAGCUGAUAAAUAUCAACACCCAACUGGCGGAUGAGUCUCGUGUUUUGAAGUUCUGAGUGGUACAUUGACACUGCAAGCCCCUGGUUCUUUGUGAUCUCCAAUUGAUAUCCGGAACACUUUGGGCAGCUAUAGUAUUCGCAUUUUAUCGAAGGUACGUGUCUGGAUUCUGGAAUGUCUGCUCAUGCACCUUAUUGACUGUGUACCAAACCUACAGAUAUUUCAGGACGAGAAGUAAAAAAAGAAGCAGGUUGAUAUCUCGAACACUUAUUCUCCGAAAGUUAAGGACAGCUUCUGGAAAUUAAAAAAAGAAUGGGGAAUGUAGCAACUGUACUAAGUGUAAAGUUUAGUUGAAAACAUUAUUUGUUCUGUUUUAGUAUCUCAUUUUGCAGUUUUAGUUGCUUCCAACCUAUUAGUGAUAUCCACCCUAUUAUCUUUUCGACAUUUGGGGAUAAUGGCAUGUCUUGAUUAUCUCUUAUCUCUUAUUAAUCUAUCUUGAACAUAGAAUCA